AUGGAAUUCCCAACUGCAAAGAAGCCUAACAUUGUUCAUGCCCUUCCUACUGAAAUUAUUAUUGAAAUUCUUUCACGCGUUGGUGCUGCAAAUGCACCUGAUUUGUUUGCAUGCAGAUUGACUUGCAAGGCUAUUAAUAAAAUGUCGUAUGAUGAGAAGAUUUAUGAGAAAGUACAAUAUUUUACCUAUGUGUUGUUAGAUGAAGGGUUGAAAAACAUCGACUUGGCACAUUCAAAGAGCAAUGUCUUGGCCACUUAUUUAUUGGGACUUUUGCUUAUAUGCAAUGUGGAUGAAGAGCGCAAAAAGAGGGGUGUAACCUUAUUCCUAAGUGUUUUUCACCAGCAUGCAAUAGAUCAAGUGGUUCAAUUAAGAGAAACUGUACGAGAUAUGAUGGUGUCCCUUUGGUUAAAUAAUAACAUUGUUCUUGAAUCAGAUGAAGUGGUAAAGUGUGAUAAGGGGCACCUUCAUGCAUAUGACAACAUUGUGGACAAAUGGGAUUACUUCGCAUUGGGUCCCGAUGAUAUCAAUAGUUUAUGUGAUGCAUACCUAUGUAAUCGCGAAGCAGCAUUUUUUCUACUAUUGCUCCACUAG